GAUACUAAACGUCAUUCGGAGGCGCUGCUGUCUCGCAGGUUGUGAACGGACCGGUUCGACAGAUACGUGAACUCGGGGAAAACUAGGGUCAAUAUCGGUGGGACAUUUGAUUCACGGGGGACCAUCAUUCGACUUUGGGGAUCAGAGUCGAUCCAGAGCUGGCAUUGAACAGCUGCAGCUUCAUCGGAGAAGACACGCCCACUGGCCCUUAAGAUCAGACAACCUGUUUACUUUAACUACCUGGACUGACCUCAGCGUGGACGGACACAUCUUUAAACAGAAACUAAACCAGCUGUUCCCGAGUCUUUGCACAUUUUCCUAUCAUGAAAAAACAAGUGACGUUUGCAGAAAGUCAGACCGUCCACAGGCUCCAACAGGAUAAGGCUGUGCCAAGUAGAACUGGGAUGAAUGAGCUGAAAAUGGCAUGUAAAGACAGUGGUUUGAAAAUCAACAGAGCACCAGCUGCAAGGAAAGAACCACAACUCCAACACUUAACACCAAUACAGAUUCCUAAAGCCAUGACUGCAGCUCCAUUCUUGAAGCACGCAGCACUAACACCAGGCCAGAAGGAGUAUUUGUACACCAUUGCAGCUUCCUACAGCACUGCACAUGUGCGAAACCUCAUCACCCAACAUUACAUGAACGUGCUACACAGGUGCAUUCGAGCAGGCUACAGCCCAAACAGAGAUGACCUUGUUGUGACGUCCGUGACUUUGCCCGAGAACGAGAGUGAAAAACAUCAAUCAAAGACACAAUCAGAAAUUUCUUCUGGGGAAAAAACACAAGGGGAAAAUAAAUACCAGGACAAAACAUCCUGGAAAAUCCUUUCUCCCAAAAAUCCCAAGCAGACAAGCCAGAUCUUCUAACACAUCAGUAUCAAAACACAGGAAGAUGAGGAAACAUACAUCACCCACAGUGAGAAGAAAACUGUCCAAGAAGUAAGUCCGCAAAAUGUUCAGCACUCUGGUAAAUUUAUGUCUUUCUUUUAAACUGCUGCUUCUGUCAAAUCUACAUUUA